AUGGAACAAUUCCGGCAGAUAGGGGAAGUAUUGGGAAGUUUGAAGGCUCUGAUGAUAUUGCAAGAUGAUAUUCAGAUCAAUCAGAAGCAGUGCUGUUUGCUGCUUAAUAUCUUCUGUUUGGCCUUUAACACGAUUGCGGAGGAGAUCAAGCAGAACCUGAAACUAGAAGAGAAGAACACCAAGUGGAAACCUCUUGAAGAGCCUUUGAGAGAGGUGUGCGGGGUAUUUAAAGAAGGGGAACUUUAUGUUAGGCGUUGCUUGGAUAACAAAGAUUGGUGGGGCAAAGCUAUCAGCCUUCAUCAGAAUAAGGACUGUGUUGAGUUCCACAUCCACAACUUGCUUAGCUGCUUUCCUGCUGUCAUCGAAGCGAUUGAGAUUGCUGGAGAAAUCUCAGGACUUGACCAGGAAGAGAUGCAAAAGAAGAGGGUGAUGCUGGUAAAAAAGUACGAUAAGGGUUGGAGUGAUCCGAAACUUUUCCAAUGGUAUUUUGGGAAGCAGUACUUGGUCCCUCGAGAAAUUUAUAGUCAGAUAGAGAGAGCUAUGAGAGAAGAUCGAUGGCUUCUUGUUGACGCGAUCAAAGAGAAGAAAAAGGCAAUGCCACCAGGAAAGAUUGAGCAUCGGCUUGGAGAUCUUUUGCUGAAGAAGCUCAAUGUACUAGCGCCGGCUAAUGGCAAACUCCCACCAAGUUCAAUUUUGUUAGGAGCAGAAGAUUACCAAAUGAGAAGAAGAUUAGGAGGAAGCCAGUACAAGGAAAUUCAAUGGCUGGGGGAGAAUUUUGCUCUGAGGCAUUUCUUUCAUGACCUUGGACCCUUGAAUUCCGAGAUCUCUAUGCUGCUGUCCCUUUCCCAUCCCAACAUAGUGCAGUACCUCUGCGGGUUUUAUGAUGAAGAAAAGAAGGAAUGUUUUCUUGUAAUGGAAUUGAUGACCAGAGAUUUUUUUUCUUACAUAAAAGAGAACAGCAGUCCAAGGAAGCGGGUUCUGUUCCCUCUUCCUAUCUUAGUUGAUAUUAUGCUUCAGAUUGCAAGAGGAAUGGAAUUUCUCCACUCACGGAAGAUCUAUGUGGGAGAUUUGAAUCCUAGCAAUGUCUUUCUCAAACCCAGGAAAUCCACAGAAGGUUAUUUUCAUGUGAAAGUCUCAGGGUUUGGUUUAACAUCUGUUGAAAAUCACUCUUCUCGGCAUUCAUCACCAGAGUCAAGUCCAGUUGAUACUUGCAUUUGGCAUGCCCCAGAAGUUUUGGCAGAGCAAGAACAGGCAAGAAAGACCGGCACUAGUAAGUACACAGAGAAAGCAGACGUUUACAGCUUCGGGAUGCUGUGUUUCCAGCUUUUGACAGGAAAACUUCCCUUUGAGGAUGGGCAUCUUCAAGGAGACCAGAUGAUAAAAAAUAUAAGAGCAGGAGAGCGGCCACUAUUCCCAUCCCUUUCACCAAAAUACCUUGUAAACUUAACUAAGAAAUGCUGGCAUACCGAGCCACAUCACCGCCCUACUUUCUCAUCUGUUUGUAGGGUUCUGAGAUACAUCAAGAAGUUCCUUGUGAUGAACCCUAAUGAUGGUCAGCCUUAUAUGCAGUCGCCACCAGUAGAUUUUAUUGACUUAGAAGCAGGGUUCUUAAAAAAGUGUCCAGGGGAGGCGACUUGCGAUCCGCCCUCGGUGUCACAAAUUCCAUUUCAAAUGUUUUCUUAUAGGCUUAUAGAGAAAGAAAAAACUUCUGUUAACAUUAAAUUUAAGAAUUGUGACACAGUGAGUGAAGCAGCCUCAAAUGGCUGGGAUGAGAGUGCUUCUAUAGUGGAGGAUGCCGCCGCACCAGCAAUUGAUGUCAGGUCACUUACAUCUGACAUGAAGUCUGUUUGUUUUGAUAUGAAAUCGAUUGCGACUGAAGUUCCACACAAGAAAAUCCCAUCUGACUUGAGGUCAGUUUGUUCCGAGCCUGCUGAAAAGAAACUAUUGUUGAUAAAGAAACCAACCAGCGUGAAGGUCAGAAAAGUUCCAGGAAAGCCAAAAGCCCUAACACCAGCGAAAUCAUCACCAUGGACGCCACCAGGGCACAGUAUGAAGACGAGAAGGGAGAAUCAGAAACCAUUAUGCACGAGCACUAUGAGCCCAAUCAGCCGCAGAUCACCUGGACAAGCUUCAGAUCCUGAGAAACUAUAG